AUGUCUUCAAGUGGCUCAUUCACUUCUACAAUCUCCUCGCACCCAGCUGGUAGUAUACCUGUAAGAGGUGUUGGGCCUUUCGACGAAAGUCAAAAAGUUACUUUGCUGUUCUAUGCCUGUGCGACAGACGGUAGCCGGAUCGAGCUUGGCAGAAGUGGCGUAAUCUCAUUAAAAUCCCAGGAUGAAGCUGAGUCUGCGACCCAACAGCAAAUAGGGUCUUUUGUCUAUCCCAGUUUAAACCUAUGCCACAGAGAGACUUGGGAUCCUUCCGUCGAAGUAUCUAAAUAUAGUCAACAGAGCGCUCGUUUAUUUGUAGACGAAACAGCAUCAAAAUAUCGCAUUUAUCAUGAAGUAGACGCUUCGGCUCUUUGUGAAGCUAGUGCCGCUCAUACUUUAUCCUUUUUCAAACCAGGCGACAAAGUGACAGAUGCUUUGUAUUUGAGGAACGAGGAUGCUUUGAAUUCCCUUUCUGAUGAAGGAAAAUGGCUAAAAGCUCAAUACAAUUCGUUCAGAGCCAAAGACGAUUUUCAUCUUGAAUUUACUCUUAACAGGGGUCAAUUCCUUGAAGCUCCGCCCCCAUAUCCUAGUGAAGAAGCUAAAGAUGUACCACCUGAGUUUGAUAGAGCUCGGUACAGACGGAACCUCGAAGCUACUUGGGGAGAUUCAACUGUAGGAGAUUUCUCAAAGGUUCAACAACCUGAAGAUUGGACUGUGCUCAUCCCUAUCAUCAGGCAUCGGUCCGCUCACAAUGCUACACUUCCGGAGCUUUUGGACGAUAAGUUAUCUGAUGUAGACGGACAGAAAGAUUGA